CCGUUACACGGUUAAGAACAGCUAUCCCAUGCCCCACGCGGAUGAGGUGUUUGAUCGUCUGGCAGACAACCGCUUCUUCACGAAGAUCGAUCUUCGUAGCGGUUACCACCAGAUCCGCGUUGCCGUAGAGGACCAGCCGAAGACCGGCUUUCGGUCGCGCUUCGGCCACUACGAGUUCACGGUGAUGCCAUUCGGCCUCACCAAUGCACCCGUCACCUUCCAGACGGCGGUGAACGACAUCUUCAGGGACAUCCUUGAAGAAUACGUUCUUGUAUACCUGGACGACAUCCUGGUGUACAGUCGUACCUUAGAAGACCAUAUCAGACACCUUCGCGAUGUCCUACAGCGCUUACGCAAGCAUGGCUUAUAUGCCAAGCUCAGUAAGUGCCGCUUUGCCCAGCGCAAAGUGGACUUCCUAGGACACCAUGUGUCUAACCAGGGUCUCCACAUGGACGACACGAAGAUCACUGCUAUUGCAGAGUGGCCCGUCCCCACAUCUACCAAGCAGCUUCGCAGCUUUCUAGGCCUCACCAGCUACUAUAGUAAUUUUAUCCAGGGAUACGCUAGGUAUUCCUACGUCCUUACCUCCACCCUCCUCCAGAAGAACCCGCCGUGGUUUUGGACACCCCUCUGCGAGGACGCCUUCCGCGCCCUCAAGAAGGCGGUGACUUGCGCGCCGGUUCUUCGCCUUCCCGAUUUUGAUCGUCCCUUUAUCGUCUCCACCGAUGCGUCAGAUUUUGCAGUAGGAAUUGUCCUUUCUCAGUUGCGCCCAGACACUCGUUGCCCUGCGCUUGACGACUCGAUCGCCCACAUGGCGGCGAUUAUGAAGCGCGCACACGAGAGUUUAGCCGACUCCGAGACUCGCAUGGCCGCACGAGCGAACCGAUCACGAAUGGAUCAUCCACUCAAAGUCGGUGACGAUGUGCUCGUCGACGCACGCCACUUACAGCUCGAAGCAGAUAUGCUUCGCAAGUUCAGGCGUCGUUUCUUCGGUCCAUGCCGCAUCCUUCAGGCCGUCGGCUCUGAUACUGCCGCUACUCCGGUCAGCUUUCGUGUGAAGCUACCUGAUUACCUUCGACAGGCUCGCGUACACGAUGUUUACCACGUCUCCUUGCUGCGUCCUUAUCGCAGACCGUCCGAGUGCUUCGCCGGACGUCCUUAUGAGCGCCCUCCACCUAUCAUGGUGGACGAUCACGAGGAGUUCGUUGUUUCCGACAUCGUAUCACGCCGAGUUACCGACGAUACUUCUCCAUGCAUCGAGUACCUUGUGCGUUGGAAGGGCUACCCUGAUGAGGAGGCUACUUGGGAGCCCCUCGAGCACUUGCAGCACGCCAGGGUGUUGGUGCGUGCAUAUGAUCGUGCUCGUCGUGCUGGGACAUCUGCUUCUACUCAGCCGACUGACCCUCUUCCUCCUCCGGCUGAGGAGAUCGCUGAGGAUGAGCCCGCUCCCUCUGAGGCCGUUCCUCAGCCGCAGAUAGUCGCCUCCGAGCGUCCACAGUGCACUCAUCGUCGCCCUUCACGUUACGAUGACUGACACUCUUAUCCUCCAUCUUUCCCCACUGACUCACACCAUCAGGUACUCCAUCAUCAACUCUUCUUCAGGAUGUCAGCGUUUUGCGGCUCUGCUUCCACAUCGA